GUCACAAGGUGAAAGUUCACCAAACUGGGAAGUAUCCAACGGUUAGCUGUCGGCUCUGUGAAGUGUGUGCCCUGAUUGUCGAAGUUGUGUGCUCAUCCUUUGAAUUUGAUCAAUGCAAAUAGCUAACAAUAUCUAGCUAUAAACAAUAAGCUAGCAGGUGGCGAAUAAGCUCCAUCCUUCCAGCCAGCAAGCUGGCAUGAUGACUACUAUCGUCCAUGAUACCUCAGAGGCUGUGUGUCUAUGCAAGGAGUACAACCUGUACCUAAAGCCUAUUGCCAAGAUGACUGUCAGUGUGGCCUUACCUCAGCUCAAGUUGCCUGGAAAGAGCAUCUCCAACUGGGAGGUAAUGGAGAGAGUUAAAGCGAUGGUAUCUCCAGAGCAGUUCUCAGCUCUGCGGAUUUCCAAAAGCACCAUGGACUUCAUCCGCUUUGAUGGAGAGGUGGAGAACAGGGGCGUGGUCAAGAGCCUGCUGGGACGCCUGGAUGGAAAGACUAUCAAACUCAGCGGCUUCACGGACAUAUUGAAGGUGCGUGCUGUGGAAAACAAGAUGGACUUCCCCACCCGUCACGACUGGGACUCGUUCUUCCGUGACGCAAAGGACAUGAACGAGAGAAUGCCAGGGGAGAGACCUGACACCAUCCACCUGGAGGGCCUCCCUUGCCGCUGGUUCACCCAGAAGGACGGCCUCCCCGACCGGCCAGUCGAGGCGGUGUUGCAGGCUGUCUUUGAGUGCUUCGGACCCAUCCGAAACGUAGACAUCCCAAUGCUGGACCCCUACAGGGAGGAAAUGCUGGAUAAGAACUUCAACACGUUCUCUUUCGGAGGCCAUCUGAACUUCGAAGCCUUCGUCCAGUACCAGGAGUACUGUGGCUUUGCCAAAGCCAUGGACACACUGCGGGGGAUGAAGCUCAUGUUCAAGGGAGAGGAUGGCAAAGCUGUGGCCUGCAACAUUAAAGUGACCUUUGACACCAGCAAGCACCUGAGCGAGACGUCCCUGAAGAGGAGGCAGCAGGAGAGGAUGAAGCUGCAGGAGCUGGAGAGACAGAGGGAGGAGCAGAAGCGACGGGAGAAGGAGGAGGAGGAGAAGCGCAAGGAGGAUGAGAGGAAGCAGAAGGAGCAGGAGGAGGAGGAGAAGGAGAGGAAGCGGGAGGAGCGCCUGCGCAAGCGCGAGCAGAAGCUGCGGGAGCGGGAGGACAAGCGGAGCCAGAAGAAGGCCAAGAAGCUCCAGGAGGAGGAGCAGAGGCGGCUGCAGAUGAAGAUCGCCACGGAGGAGCGGAGGCUGCUGCUGGCCCAGCGCAACCUGGAGUCCAUCCGCCUCAUCGCCGAGCUCCUGGGCCGCGCCAAGGCCCUCAAGCAGCAGGAGCAGGAGAAGGAGAGGGCGGAGCGAGAGCAGAGGGAGCGGGCGGAGCAGAGGCGGCAGAAGGAGGAGCUCGCCCGGCUGCAGCAGCUGGAGGCCUGCCGGCGCAAGCAGGAGGAGGAGCUGCGGCGGGUGGAGGCGGAGAAGGGGCGCGCCCUGGAGCUGCAGCGCAAGGAGAAGGAGUUGAGAGGGCGCCUGCUCGGGAACCUGCUGAAGAAGAACGCCGGGGAGGACGCCCAGCCUCCCGGGGACCCCCGGGACCAGGGCCUCGCGCUGCCCACGGACCAGGCCUCGCUCCUCGGGCCUCUCGGCCAGCACGGUGGCCUCCAGCCUCCGGUGAACGGAGGCCGGGCUGCGUUGGAGCGCAGGGAGAGACCGAAAGCCCUGAAGCGCUCCAAGGUCUCCGGGCGAGCGGGGAAGGAGGGCAGAGGGGCGGAUCGGAGAGCGGGAGGGGACGAGAGGAGCGGACGAGAGAACCGGAGAGGGGGGGACGAGAACAGGAGAGGCCCCGGCAGACAGAGCAGGGAAAGGGACGGGACGAAGGCACACAGCCGGCCAGCCAGGGGGAGGAGGGACGGCCAUAGGCGGAGCCCCAGCCGCGAGCGCAGUUCCAGCCGCCAUAGGAGGAGCCCCAGCCGGGGGCAGAGCCACGGCCGGGGGGGGAGUCACGGGCGGCACCGGAGCUCCAGUCGUGAUAGGAGGAGCAGCAGCAGCAGGAGGAGGAGCCACAGCCGAGGGGGGAGGAGCCACAGCCGAGGGGGGAGGAGCCACAGCUCUCGGAGCAGCAGGUCUCGGAGCAGGGACAGGCGCAGCCGUAGCCGCGGCAACAGGAGAGGGCACAGGCACCGUAGUCGGAGCUACAGCCGAGACAGGAGCCGCUCAAGGCGCCACUAGCUGAACCAAUGUGGAUGAGAGAACUGGCCCACCUUACCAUCGAAACAGAAGCCUGCACACACAGACCACUGUAGAACCAUCGCUUCGAGAUAAACCCUGUGCAGAGUAGCAGUCAACCAGGCCAGAGAUAUGCUGAUUUAGGGUCUUGUCUGUUGAGAGGAUCUCUCCGCUCUCGGAAGGCUCACUAUCAAGCUCCUUAGUGUUCCCAUUACAGUGUCCUCAGCCUGUAGAAUGUGAAGGUCAUCGACUGCUGUUCCAGAAACCCAGUGGACUGUUCUGGAAAACGGUUUGUGUCUUCUACUGCACCGUGGGAGACACUAGCAGAACAUAUAGGAAGCAAUGCUGUUUGACUGUGUUCAGUAUCAAUGCUGUUCACGGGGAAUGCUGGGAGUUGGAGUUUGGCACCACACAAGCGGCACACUGACAGCGACAGUUAUUUCAAGUUCAAGUUAUUUCACUAUGUCAAUUCCCAAAGAACGGAUUCAAAUAUAAUGCCUACCCCCACGUCUAACCAGACACAGCAGUCUGGGCUGUGUAAAUAAAAGCUUGCUUAGGUCAGCGUGUACAGUUCAGUAUGAGACAGUUUAGGUUAGAAAAAUUGAGAGUUGAGUAAUGAGCCACAAUCAGUCCCUACAGGGUCCUUGAUCUUGAACAUAGUGGUGCCUCCAUCCAUGGAACCUUAUUGCGCACAAUACCACAUCUCUGCCUCCCCUUUGCUCCUGUCUGACCUACCAUGGGACAGGGUAACCAUGGGAUGUGCAGCGUUUUGCCUGUGUUAAAGAUAGGGGUUUGCUUCAGCUAGGUUGCCUUAUCAAUGAAGACCUGUACAGAGAUGUGUCGUCAAUUUCUUUUUCUCUUUUGCAUCCACAGUUUAAGACUUGAGAUGUAAGGGUGUCUUAAGUACAGUCUCUUAUGAAAGCCGCCGUUUUGACCUUGUCGGUCUGCGAAUCAGCCCGUCGAUCCGUUUGAGUUGGUGUGUGUUUGUGAACCUGUGUCCUGGCCAUUUUGACUCCUGCAUGUCAUGCGUACACACUGGAGACAGGACUUCAUAUGUUUAAAUAAAGGAAGAAAAACGUU